CUCAGAGAUCCACCUGACUCUGCCUCUCCAGUGCUGAGACUGAAGGCAUGUGCCACCACUACCCUGCUGAGACCCUGUAGAUAGACAGGCAGACAGAAGUCUGGGAGUUGGGAAUCCAAAGGCAAAAUAGUGUAACAGGUUAGAUGGAUUAAUUUAUACUGUGGUGGAGGUGCUCUGCCCAGAUGAUGGGCAGAGUCGGUAGGUUUACCACCCACAACAGCCUCCUGAGGACAGGAGCUGGUAGGGGCUGGAGAUUGGGCUCAAGGUCUCUGCGCCAGUUGCUUUGUUUAGCUGAGGAUGAAUUGAAGUUUACUGAAGCCACAGAGUGAAUUACAAGAACAAAGAGGAAAAUUUGAAUUCCUAUUGGGCUGUGGUGGUAUACACUUUUAAUCCUAGCUCUGGGGAGCCAGAGGCAUGAGAUCUCUGUAAAUUCAAGGCCAGCCUGUUCUAUGUAGUGAGUUCCAAGACAGCCAGGGCUACUAGUGAGACCCUGAAAACAAACAGAAAACCUGAACUCCUGCCAGGUAGGUGUUGGUGGUGUACAUCUGUAACCUAGCACUUGGGAGGCUGAGAACAGAGGCCAGCAUACUCUGGGCUACACAGAGUCCAAUCUUAGAAAAUCACAAGCAAGCUGAGCAUGGUGACACACACCUUUAAUCCCAGCACUCAGGAGGCAGAGGCAGGAUCUCUGAGUUUGAGGUCAGCCUGGUCUACAGAGUGAGUUCCUCCAGGACACCCAGUCACAUAGAGAAACCUUGUCCCAAAAAACCAAACAAACAAAACAACAACAAAACUCUUAUCCACAAACCUAAAUGUAAGUAGGUUACAAUAAAGUACUAUCCCCUUCAGCAAAAAAAAACCAAAAAAACAAAAAAACAGGAUGAAUGGAAUGUGUAAAGGGCUUUUACAAUAUGAGAUGAGAAAUGUUGAGACGCCAUGGAACAAGCUAAGGCCUUUGAUGGGAGCCAUCAAGAGGCUAAAGCCAGCGCAGCCCAGGGAGAAGAGUGUCCAAAGAAAGCCUCUGGAGAUGGUAAGUUUCCCAGGACUGGCAUGGGGGAGGAAGGCAAAGGUAAUCACAGUUGACAUUUGGAAAAUAUCAGCUCUGUGCUUUGCUACAAAAGCCAAAUAAUGCUUCUCCUAGGAAGUAAUCCAUUUUAUUGUUCCCGUAUGUAAGGAAAGGGAGGCUGAGAAUGUGGGCAGCUUGCUUUGCUCACAGCUGAGUCAGAACCCUGACAUGGUCCUUCUUGAGUUUAGGUUAGAAACAUGGCACACUGGCACCUGCACAGCAGGUAAGGCUAGGACUGGCUCCUUUGAAGGGCCCUUCCCUGACCUAGAGUGAUUCUGUCUUUCCUUGAAGCAGGACCCUGGUCGCCAGUAGUAUUUUAGAACCCAGCGCCAGGCAGAGGCUGACCAGAGGGAAGUGGAACAAUGUAGCAAUCCCUCCCCCCAAAGAACUCUGUCCUUAAAUCCUCCCAGAUAGGCCUGGAAGAGGCGGUGGUCGUACCUGACAGCGAAGAGCAGUGGCCACACGGUGGCAGCAGAGCUUCAGCUGUAGCGUUCCUUUCCCCGGUUCUCUAGCAAAGAUGGGCCAGGUCCAUCCAAAAAAUUUACAAGCCACCACUACUCAUUAAGACCCCAAAGCCCACUUGUAUCUCACUUUAUUGUCCAUAGGUAAGUCAUAGAGUAGGGAUUCCACGUUUAACCUCAUCAGAAGUAGUGGGGAUUAGAAUGGGCUGCAGUCCUGACUGUCCAUCUCGGGCAUGGGGAGGGACCAAGGUGGAUCAUCCUAGCCUACUAUUAACCCUAGUUCCUUCCCAUCCAGAAAAUAACAAUCCUGACAGGAGUUUCUUCAGUCCAGAGUUGAUCAAUUGAAGCUCUCCAACCUGUUGAAGAAUUGGGGGUUCUUAUAAGGCUCCCCCAGGGCCUAGCUCUGACAAACCGUCUGCAAUUAAUGAUGCUUCCUGAGCUCUGGAGACAGGAUUUAUGCAUCUAAUAAAGUCUGUAACUCCAGGCUUAGGCCGGGGGUAGGAAGCUGAGAGCAGAAAGUACCCAGGGGGGUAUGAGAGGGGGUCCCAGGUGGCUCUUAAUAGAGCCAUGCAUUUCUGUUGCCUGUCUAGAUUUCCCCUCAGGCUGCUGCUGAGGUGGGGGUGGGGGACAGCAGGUAUAAGAGGAUGGUGUGCCAGUGGGGAGGUGGAUGGCAGCAUGGAUUCCAAGCAGGUUGCUGUGCUGCUGCUAUUGCUGCUGCUGGACUGGGGUCAUUCUGAAGAACCAGGGAGCCGGGAUGGAGACCAGGUCUUUGCAGUGAGUGAGCAGCCUUCCCCCUGCCCCGCACUCUUUCCCCUCCGCUGAAACUUGUGAUAUAGGCUUGGAUAUUCCCAGGCUGCUAGGAAAAUGGCUCCUAGAGUCAUUCUUUUCCAUGUCGUCACCCUCUCAUCACAGGAGGAAGAUGAGGGACCCCACCCACCACAGUAUGCCCAGACUCCCGGGUCCCUCUUGCGUUUUCUGCUCCAGGCCAUGGAGAGACCUGGCAGAAGCUCAGCCUUCCUGUUUCAUCCUCAGAGGUUUGGCAGAAAUACCUGGGGGUCCUGGAGCAAAGAGCAGCUAAGUCCCCGGGCUAGAGAGUUCUGGAGCCUGGCUGUCCCUCAGCGCUUUGGGAAGAAGUAACAGCAACAACCCUGUGAUGUGUCUGCAUGCAAAAUCACCCCCCAUGUGCCCCCAAAUAAAAUGGUCUGCCUUCUGAA